GUAUCAUACUUUGCCUUUCCUUCAAAACUGAAAAAUCCCAAUCUGAAGUCACAAAAAUGUCCCUGGAGCUGGUGCCCCGGACCGAACCAGUGAAGAUCUAUCUAAUAACCUAUGAGAUGAGGGUACCCGAAGAUUCCGGUAAGGCAAUCCUGCCCAUUGUGGCCCACAAAGCCACAGAACUGGAAGUGUGUGGCUACAUCGCGCAUACGCACUGUGGCCGCAAGGUGGGCGGCGAACUGGAGGGCACAGAGACUGGUCUGCGGGCGAUGGUCGAGUGGCUGCUGGCCAAAAGCCAAGGGAACGGGGAUCUCGGGGACGGGGAGAAGAUCAAAAGCCAGAUGACCGAGCCACGAUUCUCGAAGUGGAAGCUGCAAUCAGGGGCCAAAUACGAUGAUUUCUUUUGCUGCUGAGUGCUGCCGAGAGGAGUUGAUUAA